CAGCCCAGCUCACCACCCUGUCAGCUCGUUCUUCCUCCUCCGGCCGGGAGUUCGCAGUGCCCACGACGCCGCGUCCUCAACCAAAUCCGGUCUUGUCGUCUACGAUCUUUUUCGAAUCAAACGAUCUCAUCCGAGAAACAGUAUAAACUUCGCCGCCGCUACCGUGUCGAGCUAUGUCUCCUCAUCCUCGCUAUGUUUCAAAAGACAGGGAUAAACCUCGUCGCUGCAGGCGUGUCGAGCACUGUCUCCUCUUCCUCUUCAUCCGCACAGCUUCAAAAAAAAAAAAAAAAAAAAACAGAGAUAAACCUCGCCGCCGCAGGCGUGUCGAGCUCUGUCUCCUCGUCUUCAUCCGCCGCUUCAAAAACCAGAGAUAAACCUCGCCGCCGCUGGCGUGUCGAGCUCUGUCUCCAACUCCUCGCCAUGUCGUGUCGGCUGCUGUCUCUUCCUCUUCUCCAAAUAAAUAGCGUCCCGAUGGCCUCCUCGAUCUGUGUAACUUAGUCCCUCGAAGUAGUCGCUUCUUCUUCUCGUAGCCUCUUCAGAUCGAUCGCUUCGUCGUCAUGGCUAGUUUCUCGACGGUUUUCCUGCUCCUCAGCCUUGUCUGCCUAGCUUCGCCGUGCGCCGCGCAGCGCGUGAUCUGCGAAGCCCCACCGUGCACCACCGCGUCGCAGGUGAAGACAACCCCGACAAAUCGCGCCUCCCACGUCCGCCUCCCCGAAGGCGUCACCGGCGCCGAGAGCCUCGCCUUCGACUCCAGCAACCGUGGCCCCUUCACCGGCGUCUCCGAUGGCCGCGUCCUCAAGUGGGGCGGCGACUCCGCCGGCUGGACUACCUUCGCGUACAACCGGAAUUACCGGAGCAACCCUACGUGCGCGUCGUCAUCUGAGGAGACGGAGAGCACAUGCGGGCGUCCGCUGGGUCUUGCGUUCCACCUCAAGACGGGGAUCCUCUACUUCGCCGACGCCUACAAGGGCCUGAUGCGGGUUGGGCCGCGGGGUGGCCAGGCCGACGUGCUCGCCACGGAGGCCGACGGCGUGCCGUUCAAUUACCUCAACGGCGUCGACGUCGACCAGGACACCGGUGACGUCUACUUCACCGACAGCAGCACCACCAUCACACGCCGAUACCAAGAGAACAUCAUGAGGAACCGCGACGCGACGGCUCGGCUGAUGAAGUACGACGCGAAGACGAAGCAGGUGACGGUGCUGAAGGACCGGUUGCCGUACGCCAACGGCGUGGCCGUCAGCCACGACGGGAGGUACCUCGUGGUGGCGCACACGGGGCCGGCACAGGUGUUCAGGUAUUGGCUCAAGGGGGCCAAGGCCGGCCAGUACGAGCUCUUCGCCGACCUGCCCGGGUACCCCGACAACGUCCGGCGAGACGCCAAGGGGGGCUACUGGGUGGGGCUCAACCGGGAGAAGAUUACGUUCAACGUGCCGGCGGCGGCUUCUCCGGCCAAGCACCUGGUCGGCGUCCGGCUCAACGGCGACGGCGUCGAGGUGGAGGAGCUGACGGCUGCUAGUAGGGCUGUGACGCUGAGCGAGGUUGUGGAGAGGGACCGCAAGUUGUGGCUCGGCUCCGUCGAUCUCGACUACGUCGGCCUACUGCAGUAGAAAGAAGUUAUCUGUUUAGUGGUGUUAGGAAUAAUAAAGGCAGGCUAAUUAGGUAUUUAGCAGUAGAAUCAGGAUUGGUACAACUCUUUUUUGCUGGCAGCUAUAUUAAUUAGACGUUUUAGUAGUCUUUUUUCAGUGUGUGCUUGAUAUACACACCUUGAUAUAUAAUCUCUCUCCGUUUCGUUUUUGUUUGACGCCGGUUAGUUCGAAAUUGCACUAAUCAACGUCAUUUAUUUGGAAACAAAGGUAGAAUAAUAUAAUUUAGUUUUGUA